AUGGGUCAGUUCUACGACGAGAUGCCGGAUUGGCUGAUGGCGUGGAUCGGGAAGCAGCACCUCUUCGUCGUCGCGACGUCUCCGAGAGAGGGUCACGUGAACUUGUCGCCGAAAUGUGCAGACGGCAUGUUUCACGUCGCCGACUCCCGGAAGGUCUGGUACGAGGAUCUGACCGGUAGCGGCAUCGAGACCAUUUCUCAUAUCCGGGAGAACGGGCGCAUCACCGUGAUGUUUAUGGCCUUUGACAAGCCCCCCAGGAUCGCACGUUUGUUCGGGACAGGGAUCGUGUACGAGUACGGCACUGAAGAAUACGAUAAUCGCAUUCCCGCAAGCAAGCGACAUCCGGGCUCGCGCGCGGUCAUAGAGAUCGCUGUCCACAAAGUCGGUGCGUCCUGCGGCUACGCCGUCCCGUUCUACCAGUAUCUCGGUCCACGAACGUUGCUCGAGAGUAUGACCGCGCGGACCGAGGCGUCGACGACGAAGGAGGGCGAGAACGUCAUGCGCUACUACUGGCGCGAACACAAUAACAGGAGCCUGGACGGCCUGCCGGGCUUGCGCUCUGCGUUUGAGGCGGAGCGCGCGCUCGUCAGUGUCGGCGCGCCGAGGGGGUCGAAAUGGGCUGCGGUGAGGGAUUGGACCGUGGCACGGUUGGUUGCGUGCGGGAUAACUGACAUUUGGUGCUUCCUGGUUGGCCUUGUGAGCGGCGUGUGUGUUAUGGUCCUCACCAGUGUGUGCGCGCGGCUACUGGCGGUACAAGUCCCCACCAUGGUCGUCUACUUCGAUGAGAUGCCCGACUGGCUUAUGGAGUGGCUCGUCAAGCAGCAUAUCUUCUUCGUCGCUACCGCCGCUAGAGACGGGCAUGUGAACGUAUCGCCAAAGGGACUCGACGACACGUUCCACAUCGUCGACUCGAAGACGGUGUGGUACGAGGACUUGUGUGGGAGCGGUGUCGAGACGAUCUCCCACCUUCGGGAGAAUGGGCGCAUCACCGUAAUGUUUACUGCCUUCGAUAAACCGCCGCGGAUUGUGCGGCUCUGGGGGACAGGUCAAGUAUACGAGUACGGAACCCCCGAGUACGCAAAGUACAUACCUGACGAGAAACGCAAACCGGGCUCGCGGUCAGUCAUCCUCGUCGAUAUCCAGAAAGUCGGCUCGUCCUGCGGCUACGCAGUCCCCUUCUACGACUUCAUCUCCCACCGCAGCACGCUCGAGAACGAGCUCGCGCUCUUCGAGCGGCGCGAGAACGACGGCACGGGCAAGGGGUUGCGCCAGUACUGGCGAGAGUGGAACACGAAUAGCCUCGACGGACUUCCUGGGUUGCUGAGCGCGUAUGACACGAUCGGGGAGCUGAAGAAUGUUGGCGUGCCGGAUUACGGAGGGAAGGAGAAUCGCAAUGGCAGCGCUCGGCCGGGGAAUAGGAAGGUUGAAAGGGAGGGAGGGCAGGGGAGUGUCGCCUUGAGUCAGAUGCCUGGCCAGAAUCUUUUGUUGGGCGCGAUGACGGGAGCUCUUGCUGUGUUGGCCUAUAGUCGGGUUGUAGCUGCGAAGUGA